AUGUCGACAGCGUUGGAAGUGACUGGAUUCAUCAUGUGUGUGGCCAGCUGGCUGGUCACUGGCGUAUCUCUGGCUAAUGACUACUGGAAAAUUUCUACUGUUUCGGGCAGUGUGAUCAUUUCUACACGUCAGUAUGAGAAUCUGUGGCAUUCCUGUGCUGAGGACAGCUCGGGGAUAGCGGAGUGUCGAGAUUUUCAGUCCAUGCUGGCCUUGCCAGUUCAUAUUCAGGCAUGUCGAGCAUUGAUGAUCAUCGCCCUUAUCUUGGGUCUGGUCUCUAUAAUUGUAUCCACCAUGGGGAUGAAGUGCAUUAACAUUGGGAGCAGAAGCGAUCAGUCCAAAGGCAAAAUUGCAAUCAGUGGAGGCAUUAUCUUUAUCCUUGCGGGUCUUUGCGCUAUAGUGGCUACAUCUUGGUAUGCCUCACGGGUCAUCUCAGACUUCAAUGACCCAUUCUUUGGUGGCAUCAGGUUUGAGCUGGGUACUGGUCUCUAUAUAGGUUGGGCUGGUGUAGCUCUGGCUGUGCUGGGCGGUUCAUUCCUGUGCUGUGCCUAUAAAAGAGUCUCUCAAGCAAACCCCAAAGGGGCAUAUUAUCCAAGUAAUAAACCAAAGCCAGUCUAUACAGCAGCUCCGGAAUCAGAGACUGCAAGAGCCUACGUUUGA